AUGUCGAACAACGGCAAAACUUUCGUAGGCGCUCAAAGGUCAAUCCACCGAGAACCUCCCACUUUUCUUAAGAAAGCCGCCUCAGAUAUCGCUGAAAAAUACACCGUUCAUGGCCUCUCCUGGCAAUUUAUACCACCAUUCGUUCCUCAUAUGGGAGGCCUGUGGGAAGCAGUGGUUAAAAGUUUUAAGACGCACUUCAACAAAGUCGCUGGGAAUCACAAAUUCACGUUUGAAGAACUCACCACACUGCUCAUACGAAUCGAAGCGGUACUCAAUUCCAGACCGCUGUCGCCUUUGUCUCAAGAUUUACAGCCUCUUACUCCCGGUCACUUCUUAAGAGGAGCACCACUAGUCUCUCUGCCAGAACCUAACGCAGAAAACCUGUCUCUUCCAAACAGGACGCAGAAGCUCAAGAUACUUCACCAUCAAUUCAGCACCCGAUGGAAAACUGAAUAUUUGCAAGAGCUACACAAACGGCAUAAGUGGAAAGGCAAAGAACCCAAUAUCGCUGUGGAAGACCCCGUCGUCAUCAAAGAAGAUAAUCUCCCACCAAAUGAGUGGCGCCUCGGACGCAUUGUUAAGCUCUAUCCCGGUCCCGACCGAAACGUUUGCGUGGCUGACAUCCGUACCCAAAAGGGAAUUAUAACACGCAACAUUGCAAAAUUAUGCUUGUUACCACCUCCAGCCAGCACUAUGGAUGCUUAA